CUGACAAAUCAAUUGAGAUAGAAAAGCAAGAAAAUUUGAUUUUCUAUCCUACAUAAUAUUAGCGUAUUUUUCAACCAAAUUUAAAUACUACUUAGUACUUUUUGGACAUAUUUGAAUUUCCUUCGCUAGAACAUUACGUCUUUAAAUAGUUGUGGUGGGUGGGCCUUAUUGAAUAGGCCAACAAUGCUGGUGUAAAGUUAAGUUAUUUUGAAACGACGCCGUUCGUGUGUGGCGCGAAAUUGAUAUAUCCCCUUUUUUUGGUCUACUGAUUCACUGAAGCUGCAUUUGCCAUUGCCAAAGACGGAAAGUUGAAGGUGUGCCGCCAUUUCUGUUCAAAAUGUUGUGGGUUGACAAGUACCGCCCUAAAACCCUAGACAAAGUUAUUGUACACCAGGAUGUUGCUCAAAAUCUUCAAAAACUGGUUUCGGAGGGAGAUUGUCCUCAUCUCCUCUUUUACGGGCCUUCCGGCUCAGGGAAGAAAACUUUGAUUAUGGCACUUCUUAGACAGAUUUUUGGUCCCAGUGCUGAUAAGGUUAAGGUUGAGAACAAGGUUUGGAAAGUUGAUGCUGGUACACGGACAAUUGAUGUGGAGCUCACGACAUUGUCAAGCACUCACCAUGUUGAAUUAAAUCCAAGUGAUGCGGGAUUUCAGGACAGAUAUGUUGUUCAAGAGAUAAUCAAAGAAAUGGCCAAGAAUAGACCAAUUGACACGAAAGGGAAAAAGGGGUUUAAAGUUUUAGUGCUAAAUGAAGUUGACAAGCUCUCAAGAGAAGCACAACAUUCUCUUCGAAGAACAAUGGAGAAGUACAGUGCAUCAUGUCGCCUGGUUUUAUGCUCCAACAGUUCUUCAAAGGUUACUGAAGCAGUCCGCUCACGAUGCCUUAAUGUGCGAAUAAAUGCACCAAUGGAGGAAGAGAUUGUUAAUGUUUUGGAGUUUAUUGCCAAAAAGGAAGGACUUCAAUCUCCGCAAGGAUUUGCGGCCCGCAUUGCGGAAAAGUCAAAUAGGAAUCUGAGGAGGGCAGUUUUGACAUUUGAGACUUGUCGUGUUCAACAAUAUCCCUUUACAAACAACCAAGCUAUACCUCCAAUGGACUGGGAGCAAUAUGUUUCAGAAAUUGCAUCAGACAUAAUGAAAGAGCAGAGCCCUAAAAGGUUGUUUGAGGUUAGAGGAAAGUUAUACGAGCUACUAACUAAUUGUAUUCCACCUGAAAUUAUUUUGAAGAGGCUGCUUUUCGAACUAUUAAAGAAAUUGGAUUCAGAGUUGAAGCAUGAGGUGUCCAACUGGGCUGCCCAUUAUGAGCAUAGGAUGCGCCUUGGACAGAAGGCUAUAUUUCAUCUUGAAGCAUUUGUGGCCAAAUUCAUGAGCAUCUACAAGAGUUUCCUUAUUUCUACAUUUGGCUGAGAUAGAAGAUCUGAAGUACUAUGGAAAUGUUUGGCAGUAGAAAAAAGUUUACUUUGUCCAUUGUGCCAGUGUCCUGUCGUCUUUUAAUUUAAUGGGGGGCCGUACAAUCGUGCUCAGAGAUUGAUCCAUCUUAUUUCUCUAUCAGAAGGUUUUCUAUUGCCAAUGCCAAAGUAUAAUUGCCCAAAAGUAGAUGUGCUUUGGCAUAAUUAUAAUUAUUGCUUUAGCAAACUAAGAGCUGCUCCAACGGCAUUUAUCAUCUGCAUUUUCUUUUUUUCCCCCCUUUCCAUCUGGUCCCUUUAGCGGAAAGUGAAUAUUUAAUAUUAAAGUGAUAACUAUAAAGAGUAGAUGUAAGAAAUUGCAGUAUCAAUAAUGAGUUUUGGUAUUCAA